AUGAUGCCUUCGUCGUCGAAACCACUUACAAGUCGGAAAUCCCUGAGGGGAUUGAGCAUGUUCGCCAAGGACGGAACUUUCAGCAAUCCAACCACACCGACAACUCCAGGAGCACCGGGACCACUAGGGACACCAGGGACGCCAGAGACCCGGGCGCCAAACAGACGCGGUACUCCAACUCGUAACGACCGUAACGGCCGUGACCGUACCGAACGUGACACCGGACGAAACGGGACAUCAAGAAGACCGGGGACUCCUUCCACUUCCGGGUCGGGGCUCUUGAAAGUGAUGGAAGGGACGGGCGCCGCCGAUGUGGGCCCCGCAGCGUCGGUACCCGCCAGAGAUGCCGUCCGAACAGAAAGAACCGCCGACACGGUACGACGCGCUUCCUCCGCAAGAACGACCCAGCGAACCAGAGAGCCUUCUCAAUUGGGUGCUCAGAUUUCCCGUCCUCCCUCUCGCAUGCCCUCCAUCCCCGGGCCAUCUCGACAACUACCCAACCAACCUGUGACGCCAUCUCUACUCAACCCGACUGUUUACACGCCUCCCACCAGAGAACAACGAGCUGCUGCAGCUGCGUCGCGAGGUGGCCGCAAUACCUCGACCUCUUCUGCUCCCGGGACCAGUCACCACCUUACCUCCUCGGUCAGCUUCCCUGCACAGGGACAGCCAUCCCGUCCAAUGCACCGAAGCAGACCCUCGGCGCCCGAAAACGGCCAACGGCCAAAUGCCUGGGAGGACUCAACUGUUGCGUCCAACAUGUUUGGCGACCAAGAAAGCAGGGAUGGAAGGUCAGAAAGUAAUCACGAGCGCCAGAUAAACGGAGCACACCACCCCCAGCUCGUGCGGGGCCGUCACUACAGCGACACUGCAUUCCCUCGCUCGAACAACACCCAGCCACAGCAUCCAGCUGUCACCCAACAACAACCCAAGUCUGCACGACCAACCCCCGACCACGAUGAGAACCUACCAUUUGUUAUUGGCGAAGGCGGUAUCCUUACCGUUCUCGAGGUCCCAAGAAACCGCAAUGAUCCCGAUGCUGUCGCGCUGAACAAGACCAUUGAAGCUAUCACCAAGGAGCGGGAGCCAACCAUCAAGAUCGAGGACGAAUAUGAAGGCGAUCGCGCAGCAUUCAACUCGACACCCACCAAACAACUUGGUGCCUUCCAGCGAACACGACUUCCUCACCGCGACCCAAGAAAAGGGGGAUCAGUAAGAGGUGGUCAGGGCGGAUACACAUCAGAUGUGCAAUCCCCGGGGAUGUCCUCGGAUACCGGCGCAGACCUGGAAAAGAGCCGGAUCGAACAACGACUACGCCGUGAGCGUGAACAUGAGCGUCUGCGUGAGCAAGAAAGGGAGAAGGAACGGAUUCGGAAGGAGGCCAACCGACGCGAGCGUGAACGCAAGCGCCAGCAUGAAAUCCAACAUCAGCGCAGCACCGUCUUUGACGACCUGACCCCUGUUGAAUCUGAAGUACCACCGUUGCCCACGCCCAACUUCAACAACACUCAAGCCGCUGUUGUCCCUAGCAGCAGCGGCGGUUUCGACCCUGAUAUGUCCUCGCCUGGCAACGUCACGCCUAAAGCGUCCGGCUCUCGCCAUCUUCACCCGUCACAGAUACCGAAGCAGCAGCCUCUACCUCCUCAACUCAAAGACGCCUCGAUUGCUCUGGCGCGAACCACCAGCCGCCGCGCAAAGGAAAAGGAGGUCCAAAAACCGCAGCAACAACAUCAACAACAGAAACAACAAAACCCUUGCACCUCUCCACUACCAAUCCUAGAACAGGCCAAAAAGCGCCGUCUUUCCACUCUCGACUACGAUGACGCCCAACUCUACAAAAUGCCCUAUACCACUCUCCUCACUCAGUCCUUCGACGAAGACCCGCAAGAAGAAGCUGAAAAGCAGCAAGCUCAAGCCACCACAAAGCUCCAGCAAGAUGACCGUCCUCCAGCAGACGCAUCUCUCGAAGACAAACUCCAACACUACAAGACCAAACCUACUGCCCAACAAGCCGAGUUCUUUACGCACAUGAAGAUUGACGAGUGGGAUGAUGCAGGUGACUGGUUCCUGGAUCAGUUCACAUCUGUGGCGAAGAGGAUCAAGGACGCAAGAAGGGCGAAGAGGAAGAUGGUGGAGAAUUUCGAGGUGGAGGUCGCCGAGAGGGAGGGAGCAGUUAGAGGCAAGAUUGAGAAGAUUGGACGAACGCUGGAGAACCUGAAAGAGGAGGGGAAGACGAUGAUGCAGGGGAAGGAGAUGGAUUUGGAGGAUUAG